AUGUGCCUGAAGGUCAGCAGUGACCCUCUCCCUCUGCCUCACCCUCACCCUCUCGCUCACCCUCUCCCUCUCCCUCUCUGUGUCCAGACCGGUUCAGGGAAGACCUACACCAUGGGAACGGGCUUUGACGUCAACAUCGGAGAAGAAGAGCUGGGUAUCAUUCCCCGUGCCGUCACACACCUGUUCAGAGGGAUCGAAGAGCGCAGACAGGCCGCCACCGAGCAGGGCCGGCCCGUCCCAGAGUUCAAGAUCAACGCCCAGUUCCUGGAGCUGUACAACGAGGAGGUGCUGGACCUGUUCGAUUCGACGCGAGACAUCGAAGCGCGGAAGCACAAGUCCAACAUCAAAAUCCACGAAGACGCCAACGGAGGCAUCUACACCGUUGGGGUCACGACCCGCACCGUGACCUCUGCGGCUGAGAUGAUACAGUGUCUGAAGCUGGGCGCUCUCUCUCGCACCACUGCCAGCACGCAGAUGAACGUGCAGAGCUCUCGCUCCCACGCCAUCUUCACCAUCCACCUCUGCCAAGUCCGGGUCUGCUCCCCAGAAAACAACGAGAACGUGACAGACAACCGGUUAGCGAACAACUCGGAGCUGAACGAGUUCGAGACGCUGUCGGCCAAGUUUCACUUUGUGGACCUGGCAGGGUCGGAGAGGCUGAAAAGAACCGGAGCCACGGGAGAGCGAGCCAAAGAGGGCAUCUCCAUCAACUGUGGCCUGCUCGCUCUCGGGAAUGUCAUCAGUGCUCUGGGAGACAGGAGCAAACGCUCCUCGCAUGUGCCUUACCGAGACUCUAAGCUGACUCGGCUGCUGCAGGACUCCCUGGGUGGCAACAGUCAAACCGUGAUGAUCGCCUGCAUCAGCCCGUCAGACCGUGACUUCAUGGAGACCUUGAACACGCUGAAGUACGCCAACAGAGCCAGGAACAUCAAGAACAAGGUGAUCGUGAACCAGGACCGGGCCAGCCAGCAGAUCAGCGCUCUGAGGACGGAGAUGGCUCGUCUGCAGAUGGAGCUGAUGGAGUACAAGACGGGAAAGCGAAUGGUGGGCGAGGACGGGAUGGAGGGGGUCAACGACCUGGUCCACGAGAACUCAAUGCUGCAGACGGAGAACAACAACCUGAGGGUGAGAGUGAAGGCCAUGCAGGAGACCAUCGACGCUCAGAGGGUGCGACUGACACAGAUCCUCAGUGACCAGGCCAACCAGGCCCUGGUCAGAGCAGGUGAAGGGAGUGAAGAAAUUGGAAACAUGAUUCAGAAUUACAUCAAAGAAAUCGAGGAGCUCAGAGCUAAACUCCUGGAAAGCGAGGCGGUGAACGAGAACCUCCGGAGGAACCUCUCUCGAGCCUCCACUCGAACCUCGCUCUACGGAGGCGCCGGCUCUUUCUCUUCCCCUCUGAUUGGCCCUCCGAAUGAGGCCACUGAUGUCAUCAUGAUGGCGAAGAAGGACCUGGAGAAACUGAAGAAGAAGGAGAGGAAGAAGAAGAAGAGUGUCGUCAAAGAGGAAGUCCCGGACAAUGAGCAGGAGCGAGGGAACGAGGAGCCAGAGGCAGACGGCAGCGAGCACGAGGAAGGUGAGGAUGCUGAUGAGGAGGGGGAUUCUGAGGGGGCAGCAGACGAGACGUCUGAGGACUCAGACUCUGAGGAGCUGGAUGAGAAAGAAAACGUCCAGGCAGACCUGGCCAACAUCACCUGCGAGAUCGCGAUCAAACAGAAGCUCAUAGACGAGCUGGAGAACAGCCAGCGGCGUCUGCACACGCUGAAGCAGCAGUACGAACAGAAGCUGAUGAUGCUGCAGAACAAGAUCAGAGACACACAGCUGGAGAGGGACAAGGUUCUGCACAACAUGGGUUCUGUGGAGUCGGGUACGGAGGAAAAGGCCAAGAGGAUCAAAGUGGAGUAUGAGAAGAAGCUGAGCUCCAUGAACAAAGAGCUGCAGAAACUUCAGUCGGCUCAGAAGGAGCACGCCCGCCUGCUGAGGAACCAAUCACAGUACGAGAAACAGCUGAGAAAACUCCAGCAGGAUGUGGUCGAGAUGAAGAAGACCAAGGUGUCACUGAUGCGUCAGAUGAAGGAGCAGCAGGAGAGGACGAGGGCGAUAGAGAGCAGGAGAAACAGGGAGAUCGCUUCUCUGAAGAAGGACCAGCGCCGAGCUGAGCACCAGCUGAGGCAGAUGGAGGCCCAGAAGAGACAACAGGAGUUGAUCCUCCGCCGGAAGAAUGAAGAGGUGACGGCACUCAGGCGGCAGGUGAGGCCCUCGUCUGGGAAGGUGAACAGGAAGGUGUCCGUACCUGAGCCGGUCCAGGAACCGUCUCAUCGGACUCCAGCGGGGAGACCUCAGACGUCUGGAUCGUCUGUGUCUAACGGAGCCAGGAGCUCCCCCGUGCGCAUGGGAAGUACCUACCUCAACAGGACAGCCAGAGCCAAGUGGCAGUCACUGGAGCGACGGGUCAGUGACAUCAUCAUGCAGAGGAUGACCAUUUCCAACAUGGAGAUGGACAUGAACCGACUACUGAAGCAACGCGAGGACCUGACCAGGCGAAGGGAGCGCGUGUCCCGAAAGAGAGAGAAGAUGGCGGUGGACGGUGCAGACGCCGACCGUUCCCUGUCCUCCCUGAACGAGGAGCUGGAGUCUCUGAGCGCUAACAUCGACUACAUCAACGACAGCAUCGCUGACUGCCAGGCCAACAUCAUGCAGAUGGAGGAGGCCAAGGAGGAAGGAGACACGGUGGAUGUUGCGGCUGUGGUCAGCUCCUGUAACCUGUCUGAGUCUCGUUUUCUUCUGGACCACUUCAUGACGAUGGCCAUCAAUAAGGGUCUGCAGGCUGCUCAGAAGGACUCUCAGCUGAAGGUGAUGGAGGGCAGGUUGAAGCAGACGGAGAUCAACAGCGCCACCCAGAACCAGCUGCUGUUCCACAUGCUGAAGGAGAAAGCUGAGAUCAACCCGGAGCUGGACGCUCUGCUGGGCAGCGCCCUGCAGGAAAACGGAGGAGACGACAGCAGCAGCGACGAGUCGGCAGCCAGUCCAGCCACAGAGGGCAGCACGCUGGCCUCAGAUCUGAUGAAGUUAUGCGGCGAAUCCAGACCCAGAAACAAGGCCCGCAGGCGGACCACCACACAGAUGGAGCUGCUGUAUGCUAGCAGCGGAGAUCCCAGCCACGACUCCCCCCCCGCGGACUUCUCCCCCCCCCCCCGCCCCCCCCCCAUAGAAGCCCCGGCUGACAUCCAUGGUCACGUGACCGUAAAAACCCCCGACCGUGAGCAGACGACAUCUACACUGACCACCAGGGGGACGGGAAUACCUGGGCGCAGGUCUCCCACAGGGACAGAGAGGAGAGGGGGGGAGCGCUCUCCCCUCAACCGACGGAAAACAGGAGACAAAGGAGCCGCCGGAGUGGCGCCGCCGAACGUCACGGCGGAUUCCAAAAUGAAAGGCAGCGACUACAAACCACCGUUACUGGAGGAGUCUCCUGUUUUUGAAGGACACCGAGGCGUCAUCAACCCCGUGACGACCCCCAGGAGCCACCGCGGCUCCAAACUCUUGUGUGUCUACGUGGCUGAGGGACACACCAAACCGGUCCUGUGUGUGGACGCAACUGAUGACCUGCUCUUCACCGGCUCCAAAGACCGUACAUGUAAAGUGUGGAACCUGGUGACGGGUCAGGAGAUCAUGUCCUUGGCAGAUCACCCCAGCAGUGUUGUUUCAGUCAGGUACACGUCCAGUCUGGUCUUCACCGUGUCCACAGCCUACAUCAAAGUCUGGGACAUCAGAGACUCGGCCAAGUGCAUACGGACGCUAACGUCAUCAGGUCAGGUGGGUUCGGGCGACACGUGUUCCUCCUCCAGGAGUUUGUCCAUCCCCCCAGGGGAGAGCCAGAUCAACCAGAUCUGCCUCAAUCCCAGCGGCUCCUUCCUCUACGCUGCUGCCGGUAAUUCCGUCCGUAUGUGGGACCUCCGCAAAUUCGCCUCCACGGGGAAACUGACGGGUCACUCCGGACCUGUCAUGUGUCUGACCGUGGACAAGUUAGGACACGGACAGGACGUGGUUCUCACCGGCUCCAAGGACCGACACAUUAAAAUGUUUGUGAUUGCAGAAGGAGCUCAGGGCAGCGUCACCUCCAGCCACAGCUUCGAGCCGUCUCACCAGGACGGCGUGGAGUCUCUGACCGUGUACGGAGACGUCCUGUUCAGCGGCUCCAGAGAUUACCACAUCAAGAAGUGGGAUUUGGCCAGUAAACGGCUGCUACAGCAGUCAGCCAGCGCUCAGACCGACUGGGUCAGUGCUCUUGGAGUAGUCCCCGGUUCUCCGGUGCUGCUCAGCGGUUGCAGAGGUGGACUGCUGCGACUGUGGAACACGGACUCGCUCGCGCCGCUGGGCGAGGUGCGAGGUCACGACAGUCCCAUCAACGGCCUGGCAGUUAAUGGCAGCCAAGUCUUCACUGCCUCAGAUGACCGCACAGUGAAAAUCUGGGAAGUUAAAGGAUCCCUGGAGGAUGGAGUCCACUGAUGGUUUGGUGAUGAACACCACGUGGGCCGGGCUGCUUCCUGGGCUAUGACCAAUCGGAGCCAUUUUGGUGAUCUGUGUGUCUGGGAGCCUAGAGUGGGAAUAGCACCGGGAACCUGACUCUGGCUGAUUUACAGCCUGGUCUGAGGUGAAGUUGGAUCAACAGAAGGUCACGUGCAGUGAACGUCCACAGACGACAGAACCUAUGAAAAAAACACAGAUUAAAUCCAAGAAUCUCUCUCCUCCUCCUCCUGCUUCAACAUUCCUUUUCUGGACUUAUAUCAGGACAAAAAUAACUGACUUCUGUCCAGUAGGGGGAGCUGUAGGUCACGAUGUGUUGAACCUUCCUGUCUUUCCUUUUCACAUUUUCCUUAAACGUCUGUUCGCUGUAGCCUAGUACCAAAUAAGCACUGGUACUGUUUCCUCCUUCAGCGUUUACUGCCAAAACGAGUCCUUCAGCUUUUCAUCCACGUUGACUGUGUGCUCACAGUCAACCCUAAAUAAUACAAAAAAAAGUGUAUUAGCCACAAAUUUCCAAGAAUACAGCACACAAUGAAGUAAAAAAAAAAAAAAAAAAAAGUCUAAAUAAAUUCAGGAAUAUUAGCUGCUAUGUCUUUUUCACAAAAUUUGAUCAUUUUAUCACCAAUAAGAGUUAUUUAUUUAUUUACCUAGUUGGACUGUGACGAGAGGCUGUUUGGACUCACAGUAAUGUGAAUUAGAACGACGUUCUAACAAAGCACCUUGUGAACCACGACGUAGGAACAUUUCACGCACCUGUUCCUCAACCGUGCGAGUUUGUGUGACGUCAGAUCCGUAAGAAAAAACGUAGUAUGUUUGAGAAAAACAAACGUGAUGCUGUGCUCUGAACCUGCUGUCUGGAAAACAUAUAUUUAUUUUGUAUCUUCUGUAUUAUUUUUGCGUCUUCCUUAUGAGUCCGAUUGUUGCGUCCAUUCAGCCUGGACGUCUGAUUGGCUAGCUUGACUGUCACGUGUGUUAUCAGUGCCUGUUAUCAAUCCUUUAAAAUGACGGAGUGACUAUUUUGUCAGAAAAAUAUAAUUUUUAAUUGUUUUUUUAUCAGUGUAGGAUGUUGCAGAUAUUUCUCUGUGAUUUUUAUUAGAAAAAGUCACUAACACUAAAAUAUUUGCACUGAAAUAUCAACGUUCAUCUAAAUCUCUUCGGUCACGUGACGCUUUCUUGAAAACUGAAGUCAUUAUUCCAGUGAGCUGUACGUAUUUCCGGUUCGUGAUCGCAGUGAACGCGUCGUAAUUGUAUCAUAUUUGAAAGUUUGUCUGUAAAUGUGAACAGUUCUGUGUAAAAAAAUGUUUUCCCUCUUGUUGACGUCCGCUGUAAUUUCCACGUCACCUACAGUGUGAAAGUACAUUUUGAAAUAAAACCUGACGCUGCUUCACUUCC